AUGAUAUCGCGAACCUCGUCAUCUUUAUGCAGGCAAUGUCUCCAAGAUGUGGUUCGUUUUGGCCUAUUAGGGACACGCCGAUAUUCUUCACAGCCAAAUCACUCGACGAGGAAAGAUGAUGAACCAAGCGAAUGCAGAGAUGGCAGGCCUCGGCCUUCCGAUGAGGAUGACAUGCAGACGUCUGAGCAGCCUGGAGCAAUGACGCGGAGACUGCAAGAGGCGACCGAGGAAGCAAUGCUCAGCGGCGGCUCAGCCGGCCGACGUGCCGUGGAGGAAGCGGGAUUCUCCGAAGAGCUGAAAGAGAAGCUGCUGAGUAAACUCGCGGAUGCAAACUUUCGACACGAGUAUUCCAGCGCAUUCACAGAGAAGGACCUUACUUCUGCGGCUGGCGAGGGCACCAGACACAUCGCCACGUCAACACCAUGGACCGGAGAGGAAGAUACGGCGGAUGCGGUGCUGAGGAUGCUGGAUGAUGCCAACAAGCCCCUGAAGCCAGAGCUCCGGGGCAAGUUCCAGCCGCCUGUCGUCGAUCCCCGGGUUAAGCGGACGGCGGCAGUUCCUCCGCGGCAGAGGGCGCUGAAUGCUCGAGAUCGAGCCUCUUUCUACGCUGGCAUGGGCAUGAAGGAAGACAAAGGCCUGAGCGAUAAAGAGCGAGAAGAGAUGAAGAGCCUGUUUCGGUCAAGGUUUGAACCGGUCGCGCGAGUGAUGCCGUCUACGCCAUCGGGGCUUGCGGCGCUGGCCAAUGAUCACAUCGAAAACGCCAUUGCCAGGGGCCAGUUUAAGAAUAUCGCGCGCGGCAAAGGGGUGGAGCUCGACCUGAACCGGAGUAAUCCGUACGUCGAUACCACGGAGUACUUGAUGAACAGGAUCAUUCAGCGUCAAGACAUUGUGCCUCCCUGGAUCGAGAAGCAGCAGGAACUGUCCAAGGCGGCGGAUGCUCUUCGUUCGAGGUUGAGGGCCGAUUGGAAGCGUCACGCUGCGAGGAUGAUUGCCGCCAAGGGGGGUUCGCUGGAGGAGCAGAUGGCUAGAGCUGAGCAAUAUGCAGCAGCAGAGAGGGUGCAUAACCCUCGACAAGUGGCAGGGAAGGCUGUCGAUUCAGCGGAGCAGGAUGCUAGACAGCCUGGUGAGCAAGAUCACGGCCCCCUGCCGCGACCAUUUCGGGAUCCAGAUUGGGAAAAGGCGGAGCAUGCAUAUCUGAAGCUGUCUAUAGAGCAGCUAAACGCCCUCACACGCAGCUACAAUCUCAUGGCCCCGGAGCUGGCCAAGAAGCCAUACUAUAACCUUCAGCGAGAACUGGAUGCCUGUUAUGCGGAUGUCGCCCCCCUGAUUGCCAAGGAGAUCAAGGAUAGGGCUACAGGGCCGCGCGCCACGUCGAGGCUUUCGUCGAAACCGUCUCCGUUUACAGGCGAGGGUAUCAUGGGUAGCUUGGGUGGUAAAGACAGUGUCAAGAUUCACGAAUCGAGGGCGCAGCCGUAUGGGUUCAAGGAGUGGUGGAAUGAUGUGUGGAAGAAGUAG